UCUCAACUUAAAUAUAGCAAUCACGUGAUACGUAAACCAGAGAAAUGGCCGAGAUGCGUUUUGACAAGAUUUAAUAUAGGCUAUAAUUAUAGUAAUUAUACUGUAAUAGUAAAGGUGUCUUACCACUCUUAAAUUUAAAUUAAAUUUUGCUUCACCAAAAGAAAAGCUGAUGAUCUAGUUAAUUUGAGAUUAAUAUGUUAUGAUGAAUGUAGCUGUAAGGAAUCUCUGGGUCAUUAAACUGCCUUCAGGCUCUAACUCUAACAAAUCUGUCGUCCUACACACCAGGCAAGUUUUUUGUGGGAAUACUCCAAUACGGAUUAAGUGUGGACUGUGUGUCCCAUCCUGAUGUUAACACUUAGUGACGUAGAUUUGAGUAGAAUAGCUUACUUUUUUUCUAGAUCAAGAUCGAGUUUUCCUCGAGGAACUCAUUUUACUGUCUACUGAGACUAGUGAGACUGAACUGACAAGUAGUACUCAAGUACUGAGACUGUGAUUCAUGACAUAUUGUUACAAUGCAUGAAUUCAUAUUAAUUAUUAUGAUAUGAUUAUGAUGGUUGCAAAAUGCCCCUGAAAAACUGCAAACAUUGACUUUAACUUUGACACUUAGAUUUCUUACAUUUACUAAUCAGACUAACUAAUGGCCCCAAAUGGGACUAAUCACUAAUGACUGAUACCAUAAAUUUUUAAGUUCUAAUUUAGUGUGUAAAAUUGCUUUUAAAGUUGUUCUUAUUACCAAAUUUACAAGAUGGGCUUAAGAAUUUUGAGACCCACUAUGACAUAAUCCACAACAAUUAUCAAAAUGUAUUAAUCAUGUUGUCAAAAAAAAAUUAAACAUUCUUAUUCGGUUGGAAUAGCAACAUUGCUGAUCUCUGAUGCUCUCAAGUUUACUUAGACUUAGUGACCAAGGGGUUGUUCGCAAAUUACAUCAUGCAAAAAAUGACCUUUCAGACCCCACCCUCCCCCCCGUCACAAAUCCUUAACUCCCCACUAAUAAGUGUCACGUCACACCUAAAGAACAAUUCUAAACAUACAUAAAAUUUUCAUAACUAAACUAAGAUUCUUUAACAUUUUCCCAUAAUUGAUUAAGAUGUAGUAUUAGAAAACUGUGACGUAAAGCAGAAAACAAUGAGGUCCUCUCCGAGCUGAAUGUAAACAGGUAUUGCGUCAUUUUUUGAUAUGUACAGAAGGUGUGCACGACUGAGUUUCACGGUAUCUAUAAUACCAGAGACAAUUUUGACCUCAAAUUAAUGUUUUCAAAAUUAAUUGAAUAAAGAUUUUUCAAAAUUAGAAAAUUUCAGAAUUUUUUUAUUUUGUGACAUCAUAAAUUUUUUGACCACCCCCCCCCCCCCCCCGGUCACAAAUUCUACCCCCCCCCCCUUUCCCCUAAGCAUUACAUAAUUUGCGAACGACCCGUAAAUUAGUGUAAUGUUUUUAACAUAUGUAGCUCGGCAGGCGGCCCUUUUACUAAACUGUGUCAUGUACUUUGACCUCAGGGUUAUAUACUACACGGCAUGAAAGCUGUUACUUUCAUCGCAUAUAAUGCUUAGAUUAGGGAAAACCGCAAUUUGCGCUUUGGGAUAAGUUUAAUGAUUUAUUUCUCUGAAACCCUUGGGUAUUAUUUUAUAAAUUAUAUCUUGUUGGAAAGGGGAUUUUAUUAUCUUUACAAUUAUAUAUUUGAAAGAUUUUACACUCAGCUAUGAGGAGUACCAACACCUUCUUUAUAAAAUAUCUAUUAACUUGUACAAAUUCUAAAGUGUGUCUUGGAUAGUUGAGACAUGAUGCAUACGGAUACAUAUAGGUCUUUAGGGUGUUGGUUCAGGAUUUUAACUGUUAUUCAGGUUGGAGUUGAUAGGAAUAGUCAUUUCACCACAGGAAAUCUGCAGGCAAGUAGUAGAGCGCCUUGGUCUCUAUACUUUUAUGUUAGCUUUCACAUCUCACACUGGUUCUCAAUGUUAGAUGGUGUACUUGCUACGAGAUAGACCAUGCAACGUGAUUUAGUUUAUAAUUGGACAUUUUUACAAUAUAUCAUUUUAAUUUCCAUUUGUAUAACAUUUGCAUUAUUAGUUGUAAAUUGUCAUAAUCUGUAAUUACAUAGUUAUUUAACAUGUUUUUUGUUAGCUGUGUAAUUCAAUGUUAGUCAGGGCAUUAACCUGUAAUAUUUGGGUCUAUUCAGGUAUUGUCGUUUUUCUUCAGCCUUUUUCUUUGGACUUUUUCUUUAGAUUUUGCUUUGUCAUAGUUUAUGGAACCAAAUAAAGUUAAAGUCCUGAAGACCUGAAUUUUUGAGUGUAUAUUUUAAAACUGUCUUCUGUCCUAUCACCACCACACAGUUACACAUAGAUUACUAUUUUUGCCAGGCCUGUUUCUAGGUGUUUAACCAUGUUUUGUCGCCCUAGGCGAGAAUUAAUAAAAGACGCCCUACCCUUUUACUAUUUAUUAUUAUUAUUAUACGUGGUUUUAUAUAGCGUUGUACCCCAGCCUAAGGCUACGCUCACCACGCUGUACAAACAAUUUAACAAACAUGAUCAAAGAACUUAAAAAAUUAAUUGACAUACAUUAAUUAAAUAAAACAAAACAAAUGUAUAUUUAAAACUAUUUACAUCUCAAGCUAUGGACGACACUCAGUACCAUCGUUUUUUGGUCAGAGGUGGAAAUCGGUCAGGAUAGUAGAGAUUAAAGAGAUGUGUUUUGAGUGCAGUUUUGAAGGUUGUGAUGUUCGGUAUAAUGCGGAUGUGUAAUGGAAGAGAAUUCUAUUGUUUGGGGGCACAUCACUCUCUCCCCCCUGUCACCCAGGAUAGAAGAAUUAAUGCAUUAUAAAUAAAAAUAACUUGUAUUCAACAGCAAAAAUAUCAUUUUAAUUUAUUUUUCCUCCAUUUAAUUUUUUUCCUCCAAAUUUGCUGCAUUGUUCCGCUGUUUAAUUUAAAAAUAAUUUUUUAAACUCUUUUUCUGCCCCUAAAAUUUUGUCAGCCUAGGCAGCCGCCUAGUCUUGCCUAAUGGUAGCAACGGGCCUGAUUAUUGCUUACUCAAUUUGUGAAAUGUACUUUUCUUUGUGAGUAGAAAAUUUCCCCUUGCUGAAAAGAAGGACAAGCUACUAAAUGGACAGUUGCAUGUGCCUGUUCCUCCUGCUUCUCAAUUGGUCCAAAUACUAGUUCAGGAACUUGCCCAAGCCCAGAGUGUAUCUCAGGUAUAUUGUUGUUUUUCUCAAAUUUUAUGGGUUACAUUAAUUAGCAUUAGGCCAUGUCUUGCGUACACAUGUUAAAGUAUAGGGAUUAAUUUAUUUCUCAGUGUCUUUUAAAGUCACGGAAUUAAAGGCAAGGCUACAAACAAUUUUUUUUCAGUUUGUUCCCAGUAGAGAUCGAUGUGAUUUACAGAUCCAGAAACCAGUUCAUCAGAUCACCACUGAUCAAGGAAUUUUGUGGCCUAUAGUUGCAUUUGAAAGGGUAAGGACAAUUUUAAGAAUUCCAAAUUUCUUUCAGCACAUUGCUGACAGUGUUAACCACCAGAUAUAUGGACACAUCCACUUCGGAAAUAAUUCAUGUUAAAUUGUGACAUGAAAAGUUUAUGAUGAAAAGGUACCAGGCAUUUGUUCUUUUUAUUAUCACAGGCUGGUAUACUUUACUGCUGUCUUCCAGUUGUAGAUGGGAGGGAUGUCCAUCUUGAUGAUAUCACAAAAACUCCAAUUAUAAAUAUGUAGGUAUGCUAUUUAAUUAAAUAAUCCAUGGGUUUAUGCAGAUGAAUUAUAAACAUCUGGGAAAUAAAGCUUUUUAAAAAGCAAAGAAUUUUGUUUUAAGCAUCCUAGAUUAACCGGUACGACACAAUCUGUUUAUGCCUAUAGUAUAUUUUUAAUCCCCUGGUGUAUCCUACUAGUCAAGGUCUUUUAUCUCCUCUCUAAGAAAAGCUUAAUUAUGUCUAAAAUGUCCAUUCCACUUGGCUAUUCACCAAUAGUAGGGAAAGACUCUGGAGGAAUUUGAACCCAUUCCCCUUGGUUGAAAUUGAAAGGCAGACAAUGAUACCCUUGAACCUCAGUGCUGAUGGCCAUGAUGGCCAGAGGUUUAUUAUGUUAGACACAAAAAAACAACAACAAAACUAAAUAUUCUGGCUGAAAGCUAUUUAAAUAUAAAUAAAUUUUUACCAAACUAAAGACGGGGCAAGAAGUAAUGUCAGUGCCAAAAUUGAUUUGACAAUCAGCUGCAUUUAUGUGACAUAUGACAUCAGCCAUAUUUGAGUAUUUCCUACCUAAAACUCUAAAGAAAAUGGAAAAACUCUAAGUGCAUAGUAUAAUAUUUUACUGCAGCUAAAUUGAAGUUUGUGGUACUGUUCCUUUAAAAUAAAUAUCUGCAACUUAAAAUAACCUGUUGAAGCCCAAAUACAUUUGGCGAUCCAUCCCCGGGGGGGGGGGGGCAUGAUCCUCCACUUGGGAACCAUUAUCCUAGAGUUAGAGAUUUGCUUAAAAGAAUUUACAUUUAUAAUACUUAUCUGUUUCUAUUUAAACAACUUGUCCUUUUUUCACUUUAUACAAUUCCAGUCCCUCUGUUUCCCUUGGAUUUGCCCUGCUCGGAGCUGUUGCUGAGUUUUUAAAAGUACCCAGUCAAGAGGUGAGAAUGUAAAUGUAAAGUUAAGUUGCCAUUCAGAACACCAAAGCUGCUUGUUGGUUUGAUGAUGUUGGUUUUAAAUAUGUUGGCAGGAAAGUGGUGGUGGGGCGAAUUUUGGGGUGGAGUGGAUCCAUAUUAGAGUUUGCAGAGUUGUGUUGGAGAAAUUAUAAAUGAAACUUAUGAUCCUACAGCUACCACUUCAUGUUUACGAGUAUGACUAAACAAAAAGUGUCUCCUAACUCAAUGGCUCUAUAUUGCUGACACAGUUGUAUGAUUUUUUUAUCUCCCUAACUGGGCCUUGUGCAUCCAACCAUCGUAAGCCUUCACACAUGUAGUAUUCUUAAUCUUAAGAUUUCUCCACAAUUUUUAAAUGAUCAGAAGAGAAAAAAAUAAUUUUCCAAUUAAAUAAAAAUUCUUGUUUUCUUAUAGUAAAGGUGUCUAUAUUUGAGUUUAAGGAUUUCUUACGUCUUUAUGUCUUUGUAUAAAACUUUAUGUUAGGAUUUUUUGUUGAGUUUAUCUGGUGUAUCAUGUAGUAAAAAAAAUAUUUUUUUUUCUUUUUUUUUUCUUUAAAGCAAUAAUAUUAAUAUAUAACAUAAAUAAUUUCAGUUACCUGCAAGGCUUGUAGAAUUGCCAGCCUUUAUAAAUGAAGCAGCACCAUUUGGUAUUCUAAGAGAUGGCUCAGCUGAGAACAUAAUCUCCAGACUUGCUGAUAAGCCAUGUGCCAUCUCCAAGACACAGAAAGUAAGAUAAAAAUGACCUUUCAACUCUCCACUCAAUAUAAAACUGAGCUAAUAUUUUAAUUGUCUUUGAAAGGAAAAAAAAAAAAAAAAAAUGGCUCCACAUUAGAUGUUUAUCGAGGAAUUAUUUUACUGGUGCAAACCUUGUGACGGGCAUCAAGAAAUAUAUAUAUAUACAGGAUACAUUAUUUGUAGAAAUUCUUCAUGGAAAGAUGAGUUAUUUAUGACCACUCUUGUUAUUCUCAUGGUCUUGCAUAUAGAAACACAUUAAAGCUCAUUUUAGCUCCACCUUCAUCUUUCAACAAAUUUAUGCUUCCAGAUACCUGCAUGGAAGUCAUCUAGUUUCAAGGGGAAACCAUCCUUGCAGCUCAGUGUGACAGAAUAUAUUAAUGCAUCACAGGUAUCAUUUGCUGUUCUAAAACUAAUGUCAUGGUACAGAUGUAACGGCCACUUGUCUUUGUUAUGUAGGUGCAACUGCUGUCAUGUGUGUUACAGAUAAGAUAUCAGCCACCACAAAUUAUUUAAUUUAGAAGCAUGAAAGCACUGGGGGGGAAAAAUGGAUUAUCUAACUUUAAGCAACAUGGUGAAUACCAAUUUAUGCAGCAUGUUAUCCUGUCUAGAUACAUUUGUUAUUGAUAUCAUUUCGUUAAAAAUAGGAUUGACUUUGCCUAAAAGUCAGUUUCUAUACUUGGAAAAUAAAAUAUGAUAAAUUCGACACUAGGGAUUACAAAAAUAGAUUACUUUUUUUUUCAAUUAAUCCUCCUCUUAGGACAGGUUAGAAUUAAAUUAUUACAAUCUUUGUCUGGUUGUUAAUAUAAGCCGAUGAAUUCACAAAAUAAUUAGAGUGUUCAAAACUAUUUAGUAAGAUAAGAAUGUUUAUUUAUAAUUUUAAUGUUACAUUAUUGUAUUCUUUUUAAGCAAAUUUGAGAUACUUUUAAGACUUAAAGAAUUAAGACAGCAGUUAAUGUGUGAUGUUUUAAUUUAUUUUUACCCACAGUGCGCCCAAGAAACCUGGCAUGACAGCUCUCAAGUAUUUGGUUCAGUGAAUUGUCGUGCAGAAUUCGAAGGUGCGGUGACCGACAUCACAGUCAAUCUGUCUCACCUGGGAGAUGGGCUGGACAUUCCCCUAGAUCUGCUCUUGCUGCAUCCCUGUGUGCAGAGGGCAGAUUGGCAGGACCUGGGUGAGUUAUUUUUAUUGACCUUUGACCUCAUUUAAGAGGAUCCGGCUGAGAAAUAGUUGACCACACAAUUGAGAGGAUCUGUGACAAUUCAGGAACAGAAUUAAAAAAAAUAAAUCAUAUGGCGUACAGUAAGUGAGACUGUUGCAGUAAUAAAUGUAAACUGGUCAGUAAAAUAAUUGGCAUUGCACUCUUGAGGAAUCCUAAAUGAUAAUUUACAAAAAAGUCAGCUUUAAGCCUGUAAUUAUUUUACACUGUUUUAAGAUUGUUGACUCAUGGUUUUUGUCCACUCAAAUCAGAAAACGUUUGCCCUAAUGAACAGUUAAACUCCAGGCAAAGCUCAAAAUAUAUCAAGUGCUUCAAUGUAUAAUUUUUUGUGAGGCUAUUUUGUUAUUCUCAAUUUUUUAAAUUUCAUUUUGGGCAGAUAAAUGUCUCAUUUAAUAUUUUUCCCCCUCAAAUGUCACAAUUUUAAAGCAGAAUCAAAUCAUGAUACCAGAUUGGCACCAAGGAGGAUUCGCUUUUCUCCUCCUGCAGAGAACUUCACCAUUUGCCAUUACACAGUUAAGAAACUUUUGGAGCUGCCAGUCUUUGGUGUCUAUCAAAUGAAGGUGAAAACUUUUGACUUUAAAUGGUAUUUUGCUUGAGUCUUCAUGACAUAGUUGAGUUGACUUCUUUAGGAAUUGUAUUUAUUAUAAGUAAUUCCUUUAGUUUUAGCAAAAUUUGGUUUGGGGGGGGGGGGUGGGUGGGUGGGGGAGGGCAUAAUGAGCUUGGUACAAAGCUCGACGGCUCGCUGACGCCAUNGGCAAAGCUCACCAAGCUUCAAAUAAAAAAUAGCAAAAAAAAAAAAAAAAGAAACAUGACAUUAAUAAUAGUUACAUAAAAUUAUUCAUUUAAAAACAGCAGUGUAAAAAUAUUGACCUCACCCACCCAAGUACUAUAGACCCGUGUCUAUCCAUGGACGGCACCCAGCAGCAUCAAGCAUUGUUUAUCGGUCAGACGGUGUGAGAAUGAGCUGGAUUAGUAGAGUUUGAAGAGAUGUGUUGAGUGCAGUUUUGAAAGCUUGGAUCGUACCCUCUUUUGGUCUGAAUAUAGGCCGCUACUGAAUAAAAGCCACACACUGAGUUACCAUUGUUCAUAUAUACCAGCAUUUAAAAAUAUUUUUUUUUGAAACAUUGCCUGUUGGCUGCACACUUCGGUUUAAAGACUUAAAUUGUUGGGAACAAGUGAAUCAUAUACACGGAACAAUAAGGAACUACUUGUCCUUGGGGGAUAUGAGACCACCCUGACUAUUACUUGGUGAGCCUUGAGUAUGUCAAAAUGAAGCCAUGCUAACUAUUUUCAGCCUGAAGACACACGAGCAUCCAUCACUGUACAGUUAAAGUUGAAUGACCAGAUAAAGAACAAUUUUGAAUACUGUGAAUUGCACAUUCCAUUUUAUACCAGGUAAUUGAUCUCAUUACUCUUAUCCAGAGAAAUAAACACUAAAAAUUUAAUAUUAAGAGAAGUGUUAUUUUGUAGUGGGGAAAAAGGAAAUGUGUUUCUCAUUAUAUAUUUUGAGAUUAAAGAGGUAGAUGCUGUUGGUCACAAUCAGUUAUUAAUUCUUCAUAGUUUUUUUUAUACAAAUUGUUAACAAACUUAAGAAAAACUAAUGUUAUCUCUUUAUUCUCUGAAGUAGAUAUAAGUCGGGCUUUUAUUUGUUAUACUUUUUAGGGAGUGAUCAUUUUAAUUUUACCCUAGUUCAUCCAGUAAUUAACAUUUUAUUUGUUUUAGGGCCCCUAUAUUGUCUUUUGAGGGAACACCAACUCAAGGCUCUGUGAUGCUGUCCAGUAAUAAAAAAGAAAUUGUGUGGAAUAUCGGCAAGAAAUCUUUUCCAUUUCUUUAUUACAAUAAAAUUGACUAUACGUGGUAAAAAUAGAAAAAGGGCAACUGCAUUGACCCCUUCCUGCCUAAUAUGUUGCACAAUUACAUUUAUUGCCUCAUUUAGGGUGCACAGCAACCUUACUACCAAUACAGAUGACUAUUUAAAGUAAAUGCUUGUCUUGAAGAAAGUCAUUUUUUUUCUUGUAGAGAAAUGUGAAUGUCUCUCUGAUCCUUCAUUGCUGAGUUAGUUUAAUAGCAAGCUAAGAUAUGAGAUUUUUGCUGUCAUUUAUUUAGAAUCUAUUGAAAUUGAGUGAUCCCUUCAUUGGAGAAUGCAGAUCGAUUCCUUGGUUGAUGAUCCUUUCUUUUUAAAAAAAUGUUUAUUACAAUUUAGCACUAUUGGUCAUGAAAUAACACAUCCUUAAAAAUUGAAGCAUAUCCCGAGGAAAAGUAAACAGUUAGACUUAAAACUGUACAGGCAUUUUGAUUCUGAAUUUUUUAAAGUUACAAUUUUAAAGUGAUUUAUGCUUAGCUAUCGAUAACAAUUAUCUAGUAAAAAGUGAAUAUGUGUUAGAAUUUUAAAAAGCCCAACGAUAAUAUUUUGAUUCUCUUAAAACCAAACUUUAACCACAGAUCUAGAGCUACAGGCCUAACUAAUUAAAGACGGUUCCAUUCAGAAUAUCUGGUUCACGCCAGAAUAUACAUAAAAUUAUUAAUUAAUUUAACAUUUAAUUUCUAAUCAUUGGAAAGUUAAAAAAAAAAAAAAAAAAAAAAAAAAAAAAAAAAACCAAAAAAAGGUAGCCACUAAUCUUUAGCAGAAAGAUCCUUACGACAACUAAGUCCUGUGUUAGUGAAUUACUGAAGUUAUAAUUUUUAAAAAAAAGAAAGAAACAGUAGGGUAUAAAAAUGUUAUGUGGAUGAAAGAAUUGAAAGCACAGUAAAGAUUUUAUCUAUACGCAAGUUAAUUUACAUGUGAACAAAUUUACAGUACCGGCAAUUUAAACACCUUCAACACUCCAAUCAGUUUGCUGCCACAAGCUUCAAUAAUUGAGAAGCACUUGUAUUUUUCAUGCUUAUUUUAAGUGUUAUAAGUUAAAGGUUUAUUGCGAUUACUUUAUUUCUAUAAUUUAUAUAAAUCCCAAUUAUGAUUUUAAAAUAAGUUUUAUAAUAUAGUUAUGCCCCUUUGAUUAGGCCAAAAUGGAUUACCAAAAACCUAAUCUUAAAUUUUUUUUUCAAUUUAAUUCUUAGAUUAAUUUUAUGAACAUAAAAUUUAAAAUUUCCAUGUAAAGAAAAACUGCCAACCUUCUAACCAUGAUUAUUUAUGCAGGUCAGAAAUUUACAAGUAAAGACCAACAAGCUCUCCUGGCAGCUACAGUCACUUUUAGUGGCACUGAACAGGGUCUUCCUGCCCCUACUGUUGAAGAUGCCUUUUGUAGGGGGAACAACUCAUAUGCUCAGGUUUGUGGUAUGGGGCACUUCACUUCUCUGUCUCAUUUCCAAUCUGGAUUCCGCAUUAACCAUUUAAGGGGAACAACUCAUAUCCCUAGGUCUGUAGCAUGAGGCCAUUCUCUUCUCUGUCUCAUUUCCAAUCUGGAUUCUCCAUCAACCAUUCAAGUCUCCAUUAUCAUCUGUAGUGGCUAAUCCUGUUUGAUGUCUUGGCCAACUAACACUUAAAAAAAUGAAAGCAAAUAAAAGGUUUCAGUUUGCUGUGUGUGUAAACACGAUCUCUCAUUUUUUUGGUUCAACACCCCUCCCUCCCCCCCCUCUCCCCCCCCUCCAUAUUGUGAGUGAACUCCUGCAAGGUCCCCAAGAAAGUUUAAAGAAAUUGAACACAUUUUUUUUUUUUUUGUUUUUUUUUUAAAUUAUGCUUCCAAACAUGAAAUCCAAUCCAAGAGUCUUUAAAAUAUCCAUACCAAAACAUAAAUUCAAUAAAAUAUCUUUAUUAUUAUUGAAAUAAUGACAAUUUUUUAUAUCAAAUGAUGUUCAAAGGAAUUAAGUACUCAUGUCACUUCUUUUGGAGUCCCUGCCCUUAUAAAAAUCCCUGCAGACUUUCAUUGGUUUUAAAAUAAAACAAUUUUAACAUACACCAGCACUUUAUUAAUUGGUUAUAUUAUAGAUAUUCAACUGGUAUUACAUGUCAUCUUUCUGUGUCCUCACCAUACUGACUUCACUCACAAUAAAUCAUAAUAACUCCAAGUUUUACACACACAGCACCUUAUUGAAACACUGAGUCAUCCCAAAUCACAAUAAGACAGACAAUUGGUGAUAAUCACACUCCUUUAAUGAGACCAUAGAAUCCCUGUGAAAGGCACACUUGAUAUACAUUCUGACUCUUUGAUCUAUCUUUCUCUCCCGCUUUGUCGAACAUGGCUGAUCCAUCCUCAUGUCUUUUGUCACAUCCCUUAUUUCUCAUGGAGAUCUUGGAUUAUAUAGAACAGAUUUAAUGAUCUAAAUAGCGAGACAUAAUCCCACAAUAGAUAUUUAUAAUUUUAUUACUCUUUUCUAUUCUUUCUAUGCUUGAGUAGAAUAAUUUGUUGGCAAGGAACAUCAACCUUGUGAUGUCAUUUUUAAAGCAAUGCCUACCUGCUAUAAAAUCAUUCAACACCUUUCAAAUGUUCUCCCUCGACAAUCUUUCUCCAGUUUAAACAGAUUACCAGUUCUGGCCUUUAUUUUGGAUCAAUUUAAGCGUUUGCCAGUGCGUUGUCCCAGCUGAAGCAAACAUCACUGUAAGAAAAAUUACAUUUCUAAACCAAUUGGUCCUAAAACUGUCUCGUUUCGCCUUCAUUCACAGCUGGUGUUUAAAAUCCAGGACUUCACACAUUCUGGCUGCGGUGUGGAUGCCAAAUCCGUUCAAGUUUCACCCACCGCAAAGUUCAAAAUGACCAUCAGUAAAUAUCUUUGACAUUUAAACUGUGUUAAGUAGAGGGUGUGGUUUUGGUAGUUGAAUAGAGGUUCUUGGAGUUCCACUCUUGUGCCAAUUCCUUUUGAUUCUCCAUGUGGGGAUUUAGUGGAGGAAGUUAUUUGGGGGAGGGAAUGAGAUCUGCAGAGGGUAGCUAAAAUAUCCAGCAUUUGAGUUUUGAAUUUAAUUCUGGCUUUGAUGAAGUGAAUUGAUUGAUUCUUGGACUAGAGAAUUCCAUUUGAUUACAAUUCCCUGAGGCAGGGUAUCCCAACCUGCGCUCCACAGAUCGGGCGCAUGCACUACUCAGGGGCUCCGUGGCAGCUUCAGGAACCCCCCUAAACACCAUCAACUUGUAAGACAUUAGGUUAGGUUUGAAGGGGAUCCCCCACUAGAAAUUAUUUCUAAACAGGGCUUCCCGAGUCAAAAAGGUUGGGAACCACUGCACUUGGGAUCUCAUGAGUUAACUUUUAGCUUGAUGAAGCUACCUAGAACUUAAAGUUUCAUGUCACCAAGUAGGUUGUUACCAUUAUUCAUGCUUAAAUUCAUUUGUUUUUAAAAAUUCCAUUGUACAGUCUAUUAUUCAUGUGAAUUAUUCUUUUACAAUUUUUACUUCAUUUCAGGUAGAGAAUAUUCUUCAAUCGACUAUAAGAUUUGGAAUUCUAUUGGGGACGCUCUGACAACACUGUGAACCUUGUAUAUUUGAAAUAAGGGCCAUUUAUUUACUAACCAUAUAAGUUUUAAUAUACAUUAGCCUAAACAGGGGCUUUUUGAUUGCUCUAACGGUGUGUGUAUGUUGGCCAAUGUGAUACAUUCAACAAAGCUGUGAUCUUUCCAUCAAAAGAUAAUUUAUGCUGUAGGCCUGUAGAUGGGGGACUGAGUGAGGAUAGGGUUUCAACAAGUAUUAUUUAAAAACGUAUUUCUUUCAUGGGUUUUGUCAUUUACACCCUAACCCUUUUUUAAAAACAAUCUGGCAAUGCAGCUUUUGCAGAUGUCAAGAAAUAAGGAAAAUUACAAUGAGAUAAAAUAGAUGGACUAUGGCAAGCCUGCUCAACAUACAGUCUGCCAGCCCCUGCUUUCCGGCUCAUGAAGUACAGUAACGAACUAUUCUUUUUUAUUAAUAUUUUCUUAAUAGCUUUCCCCCCUGUCCUAUUUUCUUUCGUCCGGCACAAGUUUUUCAUAAAGUAUUAUGGCCUGCCUUACAUUUUGAAUUGUGCAGGCCUGGAUAUGGUAUUGAAGACAAUUAAUUAUUUAGUGCAGUCCUUUUGGAUUUUCUUUUCUUCAACCCGUGAAUAAAUAUAGACUCCAACACUCCUUACGAUUACAAUUACAUUUAUAUUUAUCAAAUUACUAAAGUUGAUAGGGUAAGAUGGAUGUCCUUUGUCUGUGUAUAUUUUUUAUAGGAGAUGUAACCUUUGCAUUAAUUUAGGAUAAUUUUUGUAAUUUGAAAAAAAGUGGUUGAAGAGCUUGAAAGUUCCCACGGUUUGUUAAAGGGAGGUGUGUUGUCUUGUAGAUACCGAGUUCAUUUUCAACAUCGGUGUGUCGUGCAUCUGUUGUCAUUCAAGUGUCUUAAUCCUAAAUGCAUUGGAUUGAUGCAGAGCAAACAUUGAGCAUGAUUAGAAAUGACGAAUUUUAGUGUAAGAGGAAUGUUUUUUUUUGUCAUUACAAUUUUUAAUCAGAAGAACCGAUGUCCUGAAGUAAAAGGUAGUCGUGAAUACGUUUGUUAAAUUGUAUGUACAGUGAGCCCAGCCCUAAGCUGGGGUACCGCGCUAUAUAAAACCACUAAUAAUAAUAAUAAUGAUAAAUAAGUGAG